AUGCAGGCAGCGAAAAUGCAAAAGAGAAGAACAAAGAUUCCUGACCCUAAUGACUCAACCACAAAUCUAAAAUCUAAAACAUACAUUGUUGUUCCAGGGGAAAUACUUGGUUUAAUUCUACCACUUCUACUAGGGGUAGCCUUUUUAGUGCUAGCUGAACAUAAAGUAAUGGCUUUUGUGCAACGCCGAAAAGCUCCUGAUGUACUGGGAUCGUUCAGAUUGUUACAACCUCUAGCAGAUGGUUCGAAAUUAAUUCUAAAAGAACCUAUUUCACCAAGUAGUGCUAAUUUAUCCCUUUUUAGAAUGGCUCCUAUGGCUACAUUUAUGUUAAGUUUGGUCGCUUGGGCCGUUGUACCAUUUGAUUAUUCUAUGGUAUUAUUAGAUCUGAACAUAGGGCUACUUUAUUUGUUUGCCAUAUCUUCGCUAGGUGUUUAUGGAAUUAUUAUAGCAGGUUGGUCUAGUAAUUAG